AUGGGCUUCGCCAGACAGAUACAACUAUUGCUCUGGAAGAACUGGACCCUGCGGAAAAGGCAAAAGAUUCGCUUUGUGGUGGAACUCGUGUGGCCUUUAUCUUUGUUUCUGGUCUUGAUCUGGCUGAGGAAUGCCAACCCGCUCUACAGUCAUCACGAAUGUCAUUUUCCCAACAAGGCAAUGCCCUCAGCAGGAAUGUUGCCGUGGCUCCAGGGGAUUUUCUGCAAUGUGAACAAUCCUUGUUUUCAAAGCCCCACCCCAGGAGAAUCUCCAGGAAUUGUGUCAAACUACAACAACUCCAUCUUGGCAAGAGUGUAUCGAGAUUUUCAAGAACUCCUCAUGAAUGCACCAGAAAGCCAGCACUUUGGCCAGAUUUGGACAGAGCUCCGCACCUUGUCCCAGCUCAUGGACACCCUGCGGAAUCACCCUGAAAGAAUUGCAGGACGAGGAAUACGCAUUCAGGAUAUCCUGAAAGAUGAAGAGACGCUGACCCUAUUUCUUAUUAAAAACAUUGGCCUGUCCAGCUCAGUUGUCCACCUACUGGUCAACUCCCAAGUCCGUGUGGAACAGUUUGCUCACGGAGUCCCAGACCUGGUGCUGAAGGACAUUGCCUGCAAUGAAGCCCUCCUGGAGCGCUUCAUCAUAUUUGGUCAGCGUCAUGGGGCAUGGGCUGUGCGUGACGCCCUGUGUUCCCUCUCCCAGGGCACCCUACAGUGGAUAGAAGACACUCUGUAUGCCAAUGUGGACUUCUUCAAGCUCUUCCAUGUGGUGCAACCGACUGCUGCCUCCCUGAAAGACACCAUCACACCUACCGCCUUUUGUAAUGCAUUGAUCCAGAGCCUGGAGUCAAACCCUUUAACCAAAAUAGCCUGGAGGGCAGCGAAGCCCUUACUGAUGGGAAAAAUCCUCUUUACUCCUGACUCCCCUGCAGCGCAAAGGAUACUAAAGAACGCCAACUCAACUUUUGAAGAACUAGCACGUCUCAGGAAGCUGGUCAAAGCCUGGGAGGAAGUAGGACCCCAGAUCUGGUAUUUCUUUGAAAGCAGCACACAGAUGACUAUGAUCAGAGACACCCUGGAACACCCAACUGUAAAAGACUUUUUGAAUAGACAUGUUGGUGAAGAAGGUAUCACUGCUGAGGUCCUGCUAAACUUCCUCUAUAAGGGUCCUCCGGAGAAUCGGGCUGAUGGCAUGACCAACUUUGACUGGAGAGACAUAUUUAAUAUCACUGACCGUUCCCUCCGUCUGGUUAAUCAGUACCUGGAGUGCCUGGUCCUGGAUAAGUUUGAAAGCUAUGAUGAUGAAAUUCAGCUCACCCAAAGAGCCCUCUCCCUGCUGGAGGAAAACAGAUUCUGGGCUGCUGUGGUAUUCCCCGACAUGUAUCCCUGGACCAGCUCCCUACCACCCCAUGUGAAGUACAAGAUCCGGAUGGAUAUAGAUGUGGUGGAGAAAACCAAUAAGAUCAAAGACAGGUACUGGGAUUCUGGCCCCAGGGCAGAUCCUGUGGAAGAUUUCCGGUACAUCUGGGGAGGCUUUGCCUAUCUGCAGGACAUGGUUGAGCAGGGGAUCACAAGGAGUCAGGCCCAGGUGGAAGUUCCAGUAGGAGUCUAUCUCCAGCAAAUGCCUUACCCCUGCUUCGUAGAUGACUCUUUUAUGAUCAUCCUGAACCGCUGUUUCCCUAUCUUCAUGGUGCUGGCAUGGAUCUACUCCGUCUCCAUGACUGUAAAGGGCAUCGUUUUGGAAAAGGAGUUGAGGCUGAAGGAAACCUUGAAAAACCAGGGUGUCUCCAAUGCAGUGAUUUGGUGUACCUGGUUCCUGGACAGCUUCUCUAUCAUGUCCAUGAGCAUCUUUCUCCUGAUGAUAUUCAUCAUGCAUGGAAGAAUCCUACAUUACAGCAAUCCGUUCAUUAUCUUCCUGUUCCUGUUGACCUUCUCCACUGCCACAAUCAUGCAGUGCUUCCUGCUCAGCACCUUCUUCUCCAAGGCCAGCCUGGCAGCAGCCUGCAGUGGCGUCAUCUACUUCACCCUCUAUUUGCCGCACAUCCUGUGCUUUGCCUGGCAGGACCGAAUGACCGCCGAGCUGAAGAAGGCUGUGAGCCUGCUGUCCCCUGUGGCAUUUGGGUUUGGCACUGAGUACCUGGUUCGCUUUGAAGAGCAAGGCCUGGGGCUGCAGUGGAACAACAUUGGGAACAGUCCCGUGGAAGGGGAUGGGUAUAGUUUCCUGCUGUCCAUGAAGAUGAUGCUCCUUGAUGCUGCUAUAUAUGGCUUGCUUGCCUGGUACCUUGACCAGGUGUUUCCAGGGGACCAUGGAACCCCACUUCCUUGGUAUUUCUUUCUACAGGAGUCUUACUGGCUUGGUGGUGAAGGGAAUUGUCUAGGAACAUUAAAAGGCCUGGCUGCCCAGAGCUCCAGCACCUGCUCCCCAGUGCAGCCUCCCCUGGAGCCACAAGACAGGGGCACAGUACUCAACACUGGUCUGCGGCUAGUCCUCCAGCACGUGCAGGCGCUGCUGAUCAAGCGGUUCCACCACGCCACUCGCAGCCGCAAGGACUUCCUGGCCCAGAUGGUGCUCCCAGCCACUUUUGUGUUCUUGGCUCUGGUGCUUUCCAUCAUUGUACCUCCUUUUGGUGAAUACCCUGCCUUGACCCUCCACCCCUGGAUAUAUGGGCAGCAGUAUACCUUCUUCAGCAUGGAUGAGCCUGGCAACAAGCACCUUGAGAUACUGGCAGACGUCCUCCUGAACAAGCCAGGUUUUGGCAACCGCUGCCUGAAGGAAGAGUGGCUUCUGGAGGACCCGUGUGGCAAUUCAACCCCCUGGAAGACUCCCUCAGUGUCCCCGAACAUCACCCACCUGUUCCAGAAGCAAAAAUGGACACCAGCCAACCCCUCACCCUCCUGCCAGUGCAGCACCAGAGAGAAGCUCACCAUGCUACCUGAGUGCCCCGAGGGUGCCGGGGGGCUCCCACCCCCACAGAGAAUACAGCGCAGCACUGAAAUCCUACAAAACCUUACAAACAGGAACAUUUCCGACUACUUGGUAAAAACGUAUCCAGCUCUUAUAAGAAACAGCUUAAAGAGCAAAUUCUGGGUCAACGAACAGAGAUAUGGAGGAAUUUCCAUUGGAGGAAAACUCCCAGUGCUCCUCAUCACUGGGGAAGAUCUUGUUGGUUUUUUAAGUGAACUUGGCCAGAUGAUGAACGUGAGCGGGGGUCCUAUCACUAGAGAGGCCUCUAAAGAAAUGUCUGAUUUCCUUAAAUAUCUUGAAACUGAAGACAACAUUAAGGUGUGGUUUAACAACAAAGGCUGGCAUGCCCUGGUCAGCUUUUUGAAUGUGGCCCACAAUGCCAUCUUGCGGGCCAGUCUGCACAAGGACAGGAAUCCUGAGGAGCAUGGAAUCACUGUCAUAAGCCAGCCACUGAACCUCACAAAGGAGCAGCUCUCUGAGAUCACAGUGCUGACCACAUCAGUGGAUGCUGUCGUUGCCAUCUGUGUGAUUUUUGCCAUGUCCUUUGUCCCAGCCAGCUUUGUCCUCUACUUGAUUCAGGAAAGGAUGAAUAAAGCCAAGCACCUCCAGUUUGUCAGUGGAGUGAGUGCCAUCACCUACUGGAUGACCAACUUCCUCUGGGACAUUAUGAAUUAUGCAGUGAGUGCAGGACUGGUGGUAGGCAUCUUCGUGGGGUUUCAGAAGAAAGCCUACACAUCCCCAAGCAAUCUUCCUGCCCUUAUUGCUCUGCUCAUGCUGUAUGGAUGGGCGGUCAUUCCCAUGAUGUACCCAGCAUCCUUCCUGUUUGACGUCCCCAGCACAGCCUAUGUGGCUUUGUCUUGUGCUAAUCUAUUCAUCGGCAUCAACAGCAGUGCCAUCACCUUCAUCUUGGAAUUAUUUGAGAGUAACCGGACGCUACUCAGGUUCAACGCCAUGCUGAGGAAGCUGCUCAUUAUCUUCCCCCACUUCUGCCUGGGCCGGGGCCUCAUUGACCUGGCCCUGAGUCAGGCUGUGACAGACGUCUAUGCCCGGUUUGGUGAGGAGCACUCCCCAAAUCCAUUCCAGUGGGACCUGAUUGGGAAGAACCUGAUUGCCAUGGCAGCAGAAGGGGUGGUGUACUUCCUCUUGAACCUCCUCGUCCAGAAACACUUCUUCUUCACCAGAUGGAUUGCUGAGCCCCCCAAGGAGCCUAUUGUUGAUGAAGAUGAUGAUGUGGCUGAAGAGAGACAAAGAAUUACUAGUGGUGGAGAUAAAACUGAUAUCUUAAGGCUAAAUCAACUCACCAAGGUUUAUUCAGGCUCCUCCAGCCCAGCAGUGGACAGGCUAUGUGUUGGAAUCCGACCUGGUGAGUGCUUUGGUCUCCUGGGAGUGAAUGGUGCAGGCAAAACAACCACAUUCAAGAUGCUCACAGGGGACACCACAGUGACAUCAGGCGAUGCCACUAUAGCAGGCAAGAGUAUUUUAACCAAUAUUUCUGAAGUCCAUCAAAAUAUGGGCUACUGUCCUCAGUUUGAUGCAGUCGAUGACCUGCUCACGGGCCGAGAACACCUCUACCUUUAUGCCCGGCUUCGGGGUGUACCAGCAGAAGAAAUUGAGAAGGUUGCAAACUGGAGCAUCCAGAGCCUGGGCCUGUCUCUCUAUGCUGAUCGUUUGGUGGGCACAUACAGUGGGGGCAAUAAGCGGAAGCUCUCCACAGCCAUGGCACUCAUCGGCUGCCCACCACUGGUGUUGCUGGAUGAGCCCACCACUGGAAUGGAUCCUCAGGCGCGACGCAUGCUGUGGAACACCAUCGUGAGCAUCCUCAGAGAAGGGAGAGCCGUGGUCCUCACCUCUCACAGCAUGGAGGAGUGUGAGGCGCUGUGUACCCGGCUGGCCAUCAUGGUGAAGGGCACCUUUCAGUGUCUGGGCACCAUUCAGCACCUCAAGUACAAGUUUGGAGAUGGCUACAUUGUCACAAUGAAAAUCAAAUCCCCAAAGGAUGACUUGCUUCCUGACCUGAAUCCCGUGGAACAGUUCUUCCAGGGGAACUUCCCUGGCAGUGUGCAGAGGGAGAGGCAUUACAACAUGCUCCAGUUCCAGGUCUCUUCCUCCUCCCUGGCCAGGAUCUUCCAGCUGCUCCUCUCCCACAAGGACAGCCUGUUCAUCGAGGAGUACUCAGUCACACAGACUACACUGGAUCAGGUGUUUGUGAACUUUGCUAAUAAACAGCAGACGGAACCUCAUGACCUUCCUUUGCAUCCUCGAGCUGCUGGAGCCCGCCAAAAAGCCAAGGUUCUUAAAGAUGGUAAAGUAGAGAAAGGGCACUUGUGCAUUAAAACCUGCCCGCCAAAGCCAAAACCAGCUGCUGUUUCAAAGCCUGGGCGGACGGUCCCUUCAUCUGUCUGUCCUUUUAAAGGGGCGUGUGAGGAACCGAACAGCGCGGCUUCCAUUGGUGGAGGAGCGCGCCGGCGAGCGGUAGACCGCAGAGGGCGCGGGCUACGUCGGGAGCACAGUCCUCAAGCCGCCAGAGGGAGCCCUGCCGCGCGCUGUGCCGCCAGCAGCUGGGCCCGCGCGCCCGCCCGCCCCGCCGCCACGCCCGCCGCAGGCCUGGGGCCAGUCACCCGGGGGUCAGAGUCCCGCAGCCGUUCGCGCCCCGCCCCUCUCCGCCGUGGGACGAGUAACGGUUACGAAGCACUUUUCUCCGCCACGAUUUCUGCUUAG